AAGUGAAAUUAGUUUACUGCAGUCGAAAGCUGGGGUACGGAACAAAAUAGCCGUUACACAGCGAACACGUGAACAAGAUUGGGAAAUAGGAGGAAGGAUGUUAUCAUCACACGGCUAAGAAUUGGACACGCUGCAUUAAACAAUUAUCUCUUUAGAAUAGAUCAGUAGGUGGCGGUAAUGCACCUUUCGUUGGUCUGCCAAACCGCCAUAAAACACCACGAGAAGAAGAAGAGCACGUGAACUUUCAAUUUGACAGUGACAUUAUGACACGCUGGGCAAGAGCCAAAAAUGUUCAAAAACACAAAUCUGCAGAUGCUGCAUCUUGGCGCCAAUUAAGAGCAGGCGUAGCAGGUAGCGGGAACUCUUCAUUCAGCUUUUUGCAGGAUGAUGCAUCGCAUUGUCACCCCAAUGGAAAGAGAGCUAACAAAAAUAAACAACUUGAUGAUGUAAAUGGAUUCUUGGACUAUAUGAAAAACAAGCGGCAGCAAUUACCUAAAGGACGACUAGGAAUGGCCACGGAGAAACAUGGCAUAAGUGAGGCUAUGGCUAUAGCUCUGAAAAAAAACAAAAGAAGUGAAAAUCGAAGGUUAAAGAGACAGGACGCAACAAAGAACAUCAUGGUGUGCUUCAACUGUAGGAAGCCUGGCCAUGGAUUGGCUGAUUGCCCAAAAGCUGAUGAUGAGGACAUGGGUAGAGGGAUCUGCUUUCGUUGUGGUUCUACAGAACAUGAGAUCCAAAGGUGUAGAGCAAAAGUAGACCCUGCUAUGGGUGAUUAUCCAUAUGCCAAAUGCUUCAUUUGUGGAAAGACUGGUCAUCUAUCCAGAUCUUGCCCAGAUAAUCCAAAGGGACUUUAUGCUGCAGGUGGCUGUUGUCGAAUUUGUGGUUCAGUAGAACACUUUCAGAAGGACUGUCCAGACCAUCAGACCUCAACAAAUUCCAUCACACUUGGACGCCUGUCCAACCAGAUCAGUGCUGAUCAUGAGGACAUCGAUGUUCCUGUGACGAAAGUGACGCUCAGAAAGGCCAAGGUUGUUGUGUACUGAGCAGAGUCGAGCAAAUCUGAAAUAUCUGGCUCUCUUUUAAAAAAUAAUCAAAGAUAUCAGAAGGCGAUAUUUCAGGUAUUAUGUACAUCUGCAUAAUUAUACAAUUAUCCAAUCAGUCAGCCAUCUGGCAGUAGUGGGCUGAUUUUUGUUUGUGUGUGGUGGGGGCACUACGACUCUGCAGGUAAGCAGUUACUGAAAUACCCACAGUAGCACCAACAUCCCUGCCACUGAGAUCUGUUUUCAUUUUUGUUUUUAUCAUUAAUUUAACAUGUAUGUAUAUGGUUCACUGCACUUGCUGUCUUUUGAUUGUCUAAUUGCAUACAUAAGCAGGCAAACAGGUUUAUCAAAUAAAGUGGCUGAGCAAAAAAGUUGUAUUACCAUUUACAAUUACAGAAAGCAAGUAAAUUUAACUUUUUUUGUGA